UUACCUUAUUUUGUGUGUGACUGAAAUUUCAGAAAAAUAUAUCAACAAUAAUUUAGAAAGUGUGUUUGCUAGUUUGUGAUAGUAAUCAGUGUCGGAAUACUCCAGUGGCGAGAGAUACAGCCAGCCCACCAGCCAUUCAGCAUCUGUCAGCUUUGUAAGACUCUGGUGAUAAUCAGAACGCUAGCUAGCACCGUCAGUAGUACUGGUCCGUAGUGUUGUCACACAGGUAUACCGAGUAGUGAUAAUCUGUACGACAGAUAGGUACUGUCUGUACUGGAGUGUGGUCACAUCGAGCGGAUGAUACCUGUUAAUCAGGUAGGAAAUGACACAGAUCACAGGAUGAUGUGCUGUAACAUCCAGGCAGGUCAUCUUGACAUGAAUAGGUGAACCCUGGAGCCAUAAACCAAAACAGAUUCUCAACAGAAUGACAGAGAUUUCAAAGUCGUGUAAAUGAAAAUCUGAUUUAAACAAGAUUGACUGAAGUUCCAAUUCUUUGGAAGAAGCAGUACAUGAUAAAUGAAAUAUAGAUUAUAUUUUGUUUUGGUGACAUGAUGCUGGCGACUAUGAACAAGUUUUUAACGAACGCAAAUACAAACAUUAAGGUGUACAUGCUGGCCUACCUAUUUCUGCUGAGUGUAAAGAGUUCUCUCGCUACAAUAACCUACAGCAAAGCUUCCCCGUACUGUCAGUGCUGUUCUGGACCUCCAGGUACCCCCGGGGGUCAUGGCAACCAGGGUCUCUCAGGACCCAGGGGCAUGACUGGAUUUAAGGGGCAGAAGGGGGAGAUAGGAAAUUCAGGAAUACCAGGUCCUCAGGGACCUACAGGAAAGGCAGGGGAUCGAGGCAGAAGGGGUAGAAAAGGACUGAAAGGUGAAUGUGGCGUCCGAGGAACCAAAGGGAUGCGAGGAGAGGUUGGCCCUUAUGGUGUCAUGGGUCAAAAGGGGUCAAAAGGCGAAUCUGGAGAGCUGCGCAGACAGGUGGCAUUUUCGGCCAGUAGGACGUCCCGACUUGGUCCAGUUUUAGAAAAUACCAUAGUGAUAUACGACAAUGUGUUCACCAAUCAAGGUGACAGCUUCGAUCCCUACACUUCCACUUUUAUUUGCAAAGUCAACGGCACAUACUUAUUUGCUGCCCAUGUUUUAUGUAACCUGGAUUCUGAUGCCUUCGGCUGGAUAAUGAUGAACGGAAAUUAUGUGAUCCCUAUGCAUGGCGACCAACGCGCUGGAUAUGGGACAGGCAGUAAUACCAUUAUUCUACACCUUGUGAAAGGCGAUCAUGUCUGGAUACAGCUGUCGAAAAACUCCUCUCUCCUUAACGACUAUUCAACAUUCUCCGGCUACCUGCUAUAUGCAGACUGAAUUGUUCAUUUAAAAUUGUCGUGGAAAUGUUCCUUAAGUCAACAACAUGAUAUUAUUUCUGCAGAAAGUGCAUCAGAAAACACAUUCAUAGUUUCUGCAGAAAAUGCAUCAUUAAAAGAUAAUUCAAUGUUUCUAUAGAAACGGGACCUGGAACUUAUGUAGUUGAAAAAUCUAAGUAACAAUGUUUAGAGUAUCAUUUAUAAUCUAAAAUCAGUCAUUAUUAUCAAGUUUAGUUCCAAAGCAAUUCAAAACAUAUAAACAAAAAGAGA